CCCAAAGCGAAAAAUGCAAAGAAAGCAUGCUGAUGGCGGCCGCAGAGGAAUCUGUGAGUAUGUUAUCUUGCCCUUCCCUCAUCCUGUUCGUCAAGGGAACUGCUGCGGAUGCUGCAGAAAUCAACAGAUAUGACAUCAUCUGACAAAUGAGGGAAAAGGAAAUGAAUUUUUGGUGAAGCUGGAAACUUUCAAACCAAAUGUGUGUAUUCCUAGUUUGACUGACAUGGUGACAAUCUGAAACGGACAAUUUAGAAAUCCAUGUGGGACAAUUGACAUGUGAGCCGAAAAAUAAGAGAAGCAUCCAACCACAAUCAAUGCAUUGAGUUGUG